AUGCUUCCCAGACGGUUUUACGCCAAUAUGAGGAAUUUCGAUACUUCCACCAUGGAUUCCUCCCAGCAGCGCAGCCACAGCCUCUUCGGCCGACAGCUGCUCGAGAGCACCGACCCCUUGACCAAGUUCUUCGUCGCCAUGUACAUUGUUUUGGCUUUCUGCGUUGUGGUGAGCAUCUGGGUGGUACGCUCGAUUCAAACCACGGUUACCGAAGAAGAGGAAGAAGAGCGUGGACGCCCGCGUCAACGGUAUGAGAGAAUACGUCAAUUGAGUGAGAGCGAGGCUAGGGCCCAGGGGUUCGCGUCGGGUGUGGAUAGUGAUAGUUUGAUGGGCUAUCCGGGCUGUGUAUAA